UUGUGAGGGGAGGGAAGGGAAGGGAAGCGGGGUGGAGGGGCCGAGACCCUUCCCACUCAUUGCGUUGGCGGGCUGUCUGGUCCAGUGGUUACAGAAGGCGGCAAAGGAGUGGAGGCGGGUCUGGAAGAAGGGCGGUUUGAGGACUGCGGCGGUGUGAAAGCGGGACACGCGUCGGCGGGCUCAUUCGUCCAGACGUGCGGCGGGAGUUUCGUUGGAGGCUGGGCUACAGCUGGUGGAAGAAGGGAUGAACAGAAGAGGGAGAUAAUGCAGAUAACUGGGACAAGGACUGCCUGAUCCCAUUAAAAAUCUGCCUCCAUCUGGCUGGGGGCUCUAACUCUGUUUUGUACCGCUUGAGAGCAGAGCAAAGAGAAAUGAACAGGAACAGGAAGCCACCGGGAGGCAAAGGACCUGGCACACCUCAGCAGUUGGGGUUACUGGUGGAUUUGUCUCCUGAAAGCAUGAUGACUGAUGAGGACAAUUCAGAACUGGAGGCCGAAUUCCUGGCAAUUGUUGGAGGCCAACCAGAUCCCAAGCAGAAAUCAAAUGGGAAAACCCCUUUGCCGAUGGAGGCUAUUGAGAGAAUGGCUGCUCUCUGCAUGAAGGAUCUUGACGAAGAGGAUGAAGGAGGAGAGGACGAUUUGGAAGAUGAAGAUGAACUGCUGGCAGAACUCAAUGAAGUACUUGAAGAGGAAGAUGAACCCAAGGAAGCUGUGACUCCAGCCACUGCAAAGACAAAUCAUGCCCCGGCUGAUUCCGGUAGUACCGAAUCUCUUUUGUUGGAAAGACGGGACAUGUACAAGGCGGCGGUCGCAAAUGCAGAACAAGCUGGGGAGAGCUCCAAGGUGCGCCGGUAUGAAAGGGGCCUCAAGACCCUGGAAAACCUGUUGAUCUCUGCACAGAAGGGCAAAACAAUUGAUGAGGAUGAAAUUCCACCCCCUGUACCCACUGGAAAGAAUACCAGCUCCCAGCAUCCUUCUCCCUUGGAGCCACUUCCUGCUUCACCAGCCUCCCCUCUGAAUGAAAGUACCGCCUUAUCCAGUCACCAUCCUCCAGUCUCUGAUCUGGCAGACUCUGAGCAGUUGUCCCCAAAAGCAUCACCCGUGUCUAAUCCGCCCCCCAAGCUGCCACCGCCAGCACCUCCAAAGCCAAAGGUUUCUCCAGCCCCUGCUGUGCCUCUUAGGUCUCCAGAGACACCUCAACCAAGAGCUACUAUGCUUUUGGCACCCUCUCCUACUUCUGGUUCUGAAAUCUCUCCUACCCAGACACUCCUGCAGGGCAGACAACGGGAGUACAAGCUGGCCGCCUUGCGUGCAAAACAAGAAGGCAGCGUAGAAAUGGCUACCAAGUACUUCCGCAUAGCCAAGGGCCUUGACCCCCUUUUGGAAGCCCUGAGGAAAGGAGAAACGGUGGAUCUCAGCAGACUUCCUCCUCCUCCAGAUCAGCUGCCCAAAGAAGUGCUGACCUCAAGUGUGCCGCAGCGCCCGGUAGCAACAGCAACGCCCAUCACACAGGCUGUGACCCCUCCGGCCCCAGGAGUAUCCAGUGCAGGAGAUAUGCCCCCACCCCCUCGAGAUCUGAUGGAGGCGCUGCAGCAGAGGAUGGAGAGGUACAAGACCGCAGCAGCUCAGGCCAAGAGCAAGGGGGACGAGAGGAAGGCCAGAAUGCACGAGCGGAUUGUGAAGCAAUACCAAGAAGCCAUCAGAGCUCACAAGGCAGGGAAACCUGUGGAGUUAGCUGACCUACCUGUUCCACCAGGUUUCCCUCCAAUCCAAGGGUUGGAAGCUUCACCAGGAGACCAGAGCUUUGUAGGGAUCCUCGAAACUGCCAUGAAGCUGGCCAGCGAGGAGGGAGAAGACGCUGAGGAGUCAAAAAAGCUUGACCACUGCCCUGCAUCGUCCAAACCAGCAAGCCCACCGCAACCUAAGCUGCCACUCCAGCCAUGCUCACGAGCUCCACCCACAGCGCCAAAGGCGGCCGCAUCUGCAAAGACGCCCUCCAAGACCGUCACAAAAGCUCAGCAGCAGUUGGCCUUCCUGGAGAGCCGGAAGAAGCAGCUGCUGCAGGCAGCUCUGCGAGCGAAGCAGCAGAACGACAUCGAAGGGGCCAAGCUGUUCCUCCGCCAGGCCAAGGGUUUGGAUCCGAUGAUCGAGGCAUCGCAGAACGGGCUCCCUGUCGACAUCACUAAGGUGCCUCAAGCCCCCAUGAACAAGGAAGAUUUCACGCUUGUGCAGCGCCGCGGAGUCAACAUCUCUCCGGAGACGGCCACCCAGUACACUGAGCUGGUCAAACUGAUGAGGCAGCAGUAUGAGAUGUGCACAAAUUACUCCAAGCAGUUCACCCAUUUAGGCAACAUCACGGAAACAACCAAGUUUGAGAAGAUGGCCGAGGACUGCAAGAAAAACAUGGAGAUCCUGAAGCAAGCCCACGCCAAGGGAUUCCCCCUGCCUAAAUAUCAUUACGAACAGCGGACCUUCAGCAUGGUGAAAAUCUUUCCAGAAUUAAACAGCAACGAUAUGGUUCUCUCUAUCGUGAAAGCUGUCAACCUGCCGGCUCCUCCUGGGAUGACCCCUAAUGAUCUCGAUGCUUUUGUGCGCUUUGAGUUCUCUUACCCCAGCACGGAGGAAGCACAGAAAGACAAGACCAGCGUAAUCAAAAAUUCCAAUUCUCCUGAAUUCCAAGAACAAUUCAAGCUGUUUAUCAACCGGGGGCACCGAGGUCUCAAGAGAGCCAUUCAGACGAAAGGGAUCAAGUUUGAAGUUGUCCAUAAAGGAGGGCUCUUCAAGACAGACCGUGUGUUGGGAACAGCACAACUGAAGCUGGAGGCACUGGAGGCGGCCUGUGAACUUCGGGAGAUUCUGGAGCUCCUGGAUGGUCGGCGGCCGACGGGGGGCAAGCUGGAAGUCAUCGUCCGCCUCAGAGAACCGCUGAGUUCCCAGCAGCUGGAGAUGGCAACAGAAAGGUGGCUCGUCAUUGAUCCUCUAACCAUGCCCCCGGCCACAAAAUGACUUUCCAAACUCCAACCUGCUAGCAGCAAUUCCAGCGAAGGAUGCGGGCAGCAGCAAACCCGUCUAUACUCUACGCAGCUUCAAUGUUCUAAUCUCCGACAAGGAGAAGCUGGAGAAAAAGAUGAUGGCAUGCAGGCAAUCCGGUCAGCGGCUUCCCACUGAGCUGGUGGAUCUGCACCAAGAUAUCACCCGGAUGAUCCAGUGGCAGAAGUCUCAGCUUCAGCAAGGAGGACCUGUCGUGAGGAAAGGUACC